UCUGAGGGCGGAAGCAGUUGGACAGUUUGCUUUCUGUAUAUGUGUUUAUAUUGACCUGCAUCUUCAUAAAGACUGCUUUGUCAGUCGUUGUGUGAAUUCUGCGAAAGGCUGUGGGUGUGCAGCUGAAAGUUCCAAUGAAUCCAGUUUUAAUGAGCCUCGUGGAGACAAGUUUCGGGUAAAUGAGCACCUGCUGUCAUCAGAAGAGUUGAAGUCUGAAGCCAGCAUGUCCUGAUGGAGAACCUCAGACUCCGCUUUGAGAGCAAAACGAAGGAUGUGAAGCUGAGGAAACGUAAAUCUCAGUUGUACACCAGGGACGAUGACAGCUCCCUAAACGACGGUGUGCUGAGAGCCAGAGUGCUGGUGUUUGCUGUGGUGUUCAGACUGAUCAACUGCUCCCUGGUUCAGACCAGCUUCGUCCCUGAUGAGUACUGGCAGUCUCUGGAGGUUUCCCAUCACAUGGUCUUCAACUAUGGGUAUUUGACCUGGGAAUGGAAGCAAGGAAUAAGAGGCUUCACAUAUCCGCUCUUCUUUGCAUUAUUUUAUAAGAUACUGCACUUCCUAGAUUAUGACUCGGUUUACCUCCUGAUUUGGCUUCCGCGAGUGAUUCAGGCACUGUUGGCGGCCUAUGUAGAUGUAAAAGUCUUCUCCCUUUUCCGUACACUGGAAAACCAGGACGUUGCUAAUUGGACGUUUUUCUGUCACAUGUGCUCCUGGUUUACAUGGUUUUGCUGCACUAGAACUUUAACCAACAGCACAGAGACCGCCCUCACCUCUCUGGCUCUUUUUCACUUUCCUCUGCCAGGGUCCAAAACACACAACAGUGUGAAGUAUUUGGCCCUGGUGGCCUUGGCUGUGAUUGUUCGACCAACUGCGCUGAUUGUCUGGUUUCCCUUGCUCAUCUACCAUUUCUGGCAGGAAGAAAACAAACUGAGACUCAUCACACACAACUAUAUUCCUAUAGGGUUGCUCGCUGUUACCAUUUCAACUCUGAUAGACUGCGUGUUCUAUGGAAAGUGGACUCUUGUUCAGUUCAAUUUCCUCAAGUUUAACAUUUUCCACGGUGUGGCUGACUUCUACGGCUCCCAUCCCUGGCACUGGUACCUCACCCAGGGCUUCGUCGUGGUGAUCGGCCCUCAUCUUCCCUUCUUUCUUCACGGCUGCAGCCUCGCCUUCAGGCGAUACAAAAUCCUGCUGGCGGCCAUCAUCUGGACCAUCGUGGUUUACAGCUUGCUUCCUCAUAAGGAGUUCAGGUUUAUCUACCCUGUGCUUCCUUUCUGCAUGGUCUUCUGUGGGACGUCUGUCUCUCGUUUGGGAGCGUGGCGUCGGGCUGCGGCCGCCUUCCUGCUGGCGGCGAACCUGGCCCCGGCUCUGUACACCGGCCUCGUUCACCAGCGCGGCUCCCUGGAUGUGAUGGCACACCUGCAGAAGCUCUGCAACGUCAGCGGCGACUCCACCCACGACGUGCCGAGCGUCCUUUUCCUCACGCCGUGCCACUCCACGCCGUUCUACAGCCACAUCCACUGCCCGCUGAGGAUGAGGUUCCUGGAGUGUCCUCCGGACCUCGGACAGGACGGUUACUUCGACGAAGCUGAAGAUUUCUACAACGCUCCUCUUCUCUGGCUCAGGACUUCAUUCUCACACGCAGCCUCCCUGCCGUCACAUCUGGUGUUUUUUGACGUUUUGGAAAAGGACAUCUCAGAGUUUUUAAAGUGGAAUAACUACCAGUCAAGAGAAGAGAUCUUUCACACUCAUUUUCCUGAAGGAAGAGUUGGAGGAAGCAUCUUUAUUUAUGAAAGAAUUGCCCCUGGGAGAACCUGACAGGGAAUGAAUGUGCU